CUGCUGGAACACAAUUCUCACUCGCCUCUUACAGGUUCACGGCCCACAUCAGCAUCAUGCUCAGAGGCUGCACGAGAUGCCCAGCCUCCAAAGGAUUUACUGGUGACUGAGGGUGCAGCUUGGGGCGUCAUGACAUCCGUAGGGGGACGGUUAGUAGUAGCAGAGUAUGGGGUGGUGCUGACCAUCCCCAGUGGUGCCCUCCCCCCAGAAGCACGCCAACAGCUGUAUGUGUCUGUGGCUCCCAACUUGCACCCUGUUCCUAAUCUCACGGACAGACAGACGCUACUAAGCCCUGUAGUGACAUGCGGGCCACCCACCGUGGCACUUCUGAAACCUGCUGUGCUGUCCUUUGAGCACUGCGCCUCCUUGCAGCAUGCUGCCUGGCAACUCCAUGUCUUUGCUGCAAAUACACCGACCUCCACAGGCAAUGCCACCACUUCCUCUUCCUCCUCCUCUUCUUCACCCUUCUCCAUCAGUGAAGAGCCCUGGACCAGAAUCAUCACAAUGGGAGAGGAGAGGAUUGACACACCCGUCUUUACACAGCUCGACGGUGCUCAGGUACACAUGAUGACGGAGACACUGCAGAGGUUUGUUUUGAUUGGAGAGAGUGCCGGAUCAAAUGCUGCAGUAAAGCAGGUGAAAGUGGUGACUGCUGCUCCUCCUCCCACGCCCUCGGGCACCCUAACCGUCACCCUCCAUGUCAUGCAGGAUACCUCUGCAGCCCUUGCCUAUGUGACGCAGCAAGAGCGACGUCGUGGGGCAUCGCUUCUGGAUAAACCAAAGAUGUUGUUACUUCAGGACUGUGGUGCCAACCUAUGCCUGACCCUCGAUGACCUCGGUCCAGGUUGGCGAAUCAGACCUGGUCAGCACUAUAAGGUAAUUUAUUUUAUCGAUGGUUUUUAGUUGCUUUGUAAUGUU